AUGCGUUUCGGCAAAACCUUGAAGAACUCGAUUUAUCCUCCCUGGGAGGAUAAGUAUAUCGAUUACUCCAAGGUUAAGAAACUUCUACGGGAAGGAGACGUUGAUGUAGAUGACAGUGACAACGAGGUGCAGCCAUGGACGGAAAAGGACGAAGAAGCCUUCGUGCAAGAGUUGGUCAAUGUCCAGUUGGAUAAAGUUAACAACUUCCAGGCUGAGAUGUCACAAAAGCUGCGCGAAAGGACUGCGGCCUGUGAAGCUAAGCUGGGCUCGCUUGUCAAGAAGACGGACGGGGAGACGGAUAACCAAGAGGAGCGAAGAAAAAUUGCGAGCGAAGCUCUACAGGAGCUCGACCAAAUAACCAAGGAGGUCAGCGAAUUGGAGAAGUAUAGCCGGAUCAACUUCACUGGCUUUCUCAAAGCUGCGAAGAAGCAUGAUCGCAAGCGUGGUGCCCGAUAUCAGAUUCGAGCGCUCGUGCAAGUUCGGCUUUCUCAUCUGCCUUUCAAUUCAGAGGAUUACUCCCCUCUUCUGAAUAGAUUGUCGGCCAUGUAUACUUUUGCGCGCCAAACGCUUAACCAGGGUCCGGAAACUUCUCAGGGUCCAGCUAAUGAAGGCGGCAUCACCCACGAAACUUAUGACUCUUAUAAAUUUUGGGUGCACGAGGACAAUGUUAUCGAGGUCAAGACAUAUAUUCUACGCCAGCUACCGGUUUUGCUCUACAAUCCCACGACGUCGAAAGAACUUGAUGUCUCUCAAAAGGACCCAACUAUCACAUCAUUGUACUUUGACAACCCCCAGUUCGAUUUGUAUAAUGGUAAGGUUACUCGAGCUCCAGAAGCAGGCUCACUCCGUCUUCGUUGGUCGGGUGACCUGAAAGAUAAACCAAAUAUCUUUUUGGAGAAGAAAGUUGUUACGGAAGAUAACCACAGCAGUGAAGUUCGAGUACAGCUUAAGGAGAAACACGUCAUGGAGUUCUUGAAAGGGGAAUAUGGGUUCGAAAAGAAGAUCACUCGACUGGAAGAUGUAGCUCACGGAGAAUCACAGCAAGCAGAAGCACUCAAAAAAGAUGUGGAGGAUAUUCAAUCAUUUAUCAAAGAGUACGGGCUACAACCGAUGGUGCGAGCAAACUAUACCAGGACCGCUUUCCAAAUACCUGGAGACAGUCGUAUCCGGAUUUCACUGGAUACGAACCUUGCAUUGAUUCGGGAAGACUCACUAGAUCCUGAACGACCAUGCCGUGACCCAGAGGACUGGCACCGGCACGAUAUUGACGAUGUGGCGAUGCAAUAUCCAUUUAGCUCUAUAAACAAGGGGGAAAUCUCACGAUUUCCCCACGCAUUGUUGGAAAUCAAACUAAGACACGGUGCACGCCACGCCGAAUGGCUUGAUGAUCUUAUGGUUUCUCACCUCGUCAAGGAGGCUCCUAGAUUUUCGAAGUUUGCUCACGGAGUGGCUCAAUUAUUUGAGGAUAAUAUCAAUACAUUUCCGUUCUGGUUGGGAGAGCUUGAAAAUGACAUUCGCCGCGACCCCGAGACUGCAUUCCAUGAGGAACAAGAGCGACUGGCUAAGCGGGCUGAGGAGGAAAUGGUCGUUGGUAGCUUCCUAGGGUCGAAAGCGAGCCCGCUACCGCUGAUGGUAGGAUCGCCAAUCACACGGAUGCAGGCUGGAAGAGGCAUCUCCCCUGCACGUUCUUCUGUCACAGCAGGUGUGGCGGCUGGACCCUCGUCGGUGCCAACUGCAGCCAGAGAAAUUCUACCUGAGACCGAAAGCAACAGACUGGCUCGGGUGGCUGAUGAAGCAGAUGCCCAACAAGCGAACAGGGAAGUGGGAGAGACGUCGUAUCUUAGCAGUCUUUUUCCUUCAUUCUCAACGUCUCGCUAUGCGCAGGCUCAUCGCCAACGUCGAAGUCUUCCUCCAGGUGUAGAGGCUCCGGCGGUGUGGAUCAAAGAUGCCGGACCGGUUCGUGUGGAGUCAAAAGUGUGGCUAGCGAACCAACGUACCUUUAUAAAAUGGCAGCAUGUUAGUGUCUUGCUGGCAUCAUUGUCAUUGGCUCUCUACAAUGCGGCUGGCAUCGACAAUACCGUUGCGCAGGUCCUAGCCAUUGUGUACACAUCCUUUGCAGUCUUUGCUUCGGCAUGGGGAUGGUAUAUGCAUGAGACUCGUGCUCGAUUGAUCAGGGAGCGCAGCGGAAAGGAUCUCGACAACCUGUUUGGACCGAUUGUCGUCUGUGUCGGACUUGCCGCAGCUCUUGUUUUGAACUUUGGCUUCAAGUAUCAAGCUGCACUCCGCGCCGCACGCGAUAGCCAGAACAAUGUUUUGGCUGCCUCCACGUUUUACAACACAACUGGAGAGCCUGGAUUACCGGGACUGGUCAAGCAGGAGAACUAUUGA